AUGUCAGACAUCGAAAACCAGGAACACAAACCCCACACCCUCAUCCUCGACAACUCCGAAGGCCCUGCCUCUGGCGAUGGCUUCACCCGUGUCAAGUCUGAGGGAGAGUACAUUCAGUUUGGUAACGAACGCUACCUCAAGUCCGAGUUGGCCCAGGCCUUUGGUGGUACUUUGAACCCCGGUCUUGCCCCUCCUCCCAAGUACGACUUGGCCAACCCUGCACCCUUGGGAUUGUCUGCAUUUGCGCUCACCACAUUUGUGCUUUCGUUGGUCAAUGUCGGUGCCAGAGGCGUCACCAUCCCUAACAUCGUGGUUGGUUUGGCGUUUUUCUACGGAGGAGCUGCUCAGCUCAUUGCCGGCUUGUUCGAGAUCGCCGUGGGCAACACCUUUGGUGGUGUCGCCUUGUGCUCUUACGGAGGUUUCUGGGGCUCGUACGCAGCCAUCUUGGUAGGUCAGUUUGGUAUUGAGGCUGCAUAUGAGGGUGAACCCACCCAAUUGACUAAUGCACUCGGAAUCUUUUUGCUUGGCUGGUUUAUUUUCACGUUUUUCAUGUGUGUGAUGACGCUUAAGUCCACUGCUGCAUUCUUCUCGAUCUUCUUCUUCUUGAGCAUCACGUUCUUGUUGCUUGCCAUUGGCGAGUUCAAGGGCGGCGACGUGACUGUCAAGAAGGUUGCGGGAGUGUUUGGGUUGAUCACUGCGUUCUGUGCCUGGUACAAUGCCUACGCGGGUAUUGCCAACCCCCAGAACAGCUACCUUCCUAUCAAGGUUCUCCAGUUGCCAGACUUGCAGGAUAAGGCCAAGAGUGCUUAG